AUGGCGCCUGGUGGUGGACGAGAUUUUAACUGCACCUGGGAGCAUUGUAAUAAGUCCUUCAAUCGCAAAUCAGAUCUGUGCAGGCACUAUCGGAUACACACCAAUGAGCGACCGUAUCAUUGUACGGUCAAGGACUGCAACAAAAGCUUCAUCCAAAGGAGUGCAUUGACAGUGCAUUCGCGAACGCAUACCGGAGAGAAGCCUCAUGUCUGUGACCACAGAGGAUGCCACAAGGCCUUUUCUGACUCAUCGAGUCUCGCUCGUCACCGAAGGAUCCAUACUGGAAAAAGGCCGUAUAUCUGCCAAGAGCCAACGUGCGAACGAGCCUUCUGCCGCAAAACGACCUUGACCAAGCACCAACACCGCUCCCACCCCCCAGGAUCCAUGACCCGACUGCCCUCGGAAGAUGCGGUUUCCGAGCACUCGUAUCAAGGGCCAGUCGCCGUUCCUGUGCCGAAUGAACAGUAUCUCUUAGCCCAGCAACCCUACUACCCUCAUACCCCGACGCCGACUCAUGAGUUUUAUCCCCACCAGAGCCUACACAUAACGCCGGUGCCCAUACAAGAACAGCCACCAAUCGUGACUCAGCACAUCCCUGUCACGUCGCCGGUUGACGUACAGCGUGCUCAGCAACACUACAUGCAGCUUGUGCAGCAACAGCAGCAGCAGCAGCAACGAUACGAUCCUGGCCGUCAGGGCUAUCUGCCACCGGAGUUUCAGCAACCAUACCAUACCCUACCCACAGCGGAAGGCCCACCGCUGAUGGUGACCAGCACUCACAGUGACUACAAGCCGCCGGCCUGCAUCCUGAACCAGCCCGAGGGAACGGACUGGGGCUUCCUGGGGGUUGGCUAA